AUGUCUCCUGGACCUGAUCUCGAUACUGAACCAAAUGCGAAUCCAGCAUCCGAUGACAACGAUUCAUCCAUUGGAGAUGAAGACAAUGGUGCCUCAGUCGUGUUACCGCCCUACACACCUCCGUACUCUUCAUUCGAAGGACGUACAAGAGCCGCCAUCAUGAUCGCAGCAUGUUCCUCAUCAGCAGUAUCGCCCUUCUCGACAAGCAUAUACUAUCCAGCAGUGCCAGCUCUAAGCCAAAAACUCGGUGUCCCAGUGACGCUGAUCAACUUGACGAUCAGCUCGUAUCAGAUAUUCCAAGGCAUCGCGCCGUCGUUCACUGCCGCAUUUUCCGAGUCGUAUGGGAGACGACCGGCGUAUUUACUGGGCUUCGUCGUGUGGCUCGGUGCGAACUUGGGUCUUGCCUUGCAGAAUGAAUAUGCAGCACUGCUGGUCCUACGCUGUCUGCAGUCGUGCGGGAGCAGUGGCUCUUUGGCGCUCGCGGCAGCAGUAUGUGCCGAUCUGGCUCCGCGAUCCGAGCGCGGGAAAUACACUGGCUACACGACCAUCGGGGUGGUGUUCGGUUCCUCGAUCGCUCCUGUUGUCGGAGGACUGUUGUCUUAUUAUCUCGGGCCGCAAUCGAUCUUCUGGUUUCUGGUGAUAUUCUCGGGUAUCUUGUGUGUCGUUGUGGCUGUUGUGUUCCCAGAAACUUGUCGGUCUGUAGUCGGGAAUGGAUCUGUCCCUCCACAAAGACGGAAUCGAUCCCUGAUUCAGCUCACUCGGCCGUCCCCUGGUCCCGGUGACAUAGAGACAGUCUCCAAGAAGAAGCGCCGACUGAACCCUCUGACGGCUUUGUUCCUGUUAAGAGACCUCGAGAAUUUUCUCCUGGCACUGUACGUCGGAAUCCUGUACUCCGGGUCUGCCAGCGUCACCAGAGUAUUGGCUUCGCAACUCGCACGCCGCUACCACUUUAAUGAGAUCCAGACAGGCCUGUGUUACAUACCUCUUGGUGUCGGCGCCAUGACGUCCCGCUGGACUAUGGCAAAUCUCAUUGACUGGCGAUUCAAACGCGAAGCUGGCAAACAGGGUCUCGGCGUCGAGAAGAACAGACGGCAAGAUAUCAGCAAGUUCAACAUUGAGAUGGCCCGUCUGCCCUUAUGUUUGCCCGUCGUUUUCGCGUCUUGCUGUUGCUUCAUCACCUACGGCUGGGUGAUGGAAUACCAUACUCCUCUUGCUGUUAUAAUUGUCGUCCUUUUCCUGAUGGGAAACAUCACAACAAGCCCAAUGAUACCCAUGGCCACACUCAUGGUGGAUCUGAAUCCGGACAACACCGCUUCAGCUUCCGCAUCGCUCAAUUUGGUCCGGAUGUUGAUGAGUGCGGGCUUUGUUGCCGUGUAUACGCCUCUCAUUGAUGCCAUUGGCAUUGGAUGGACCUGUACGAUGACUGCGGGGAUUUUUGUGCUCUUUGCACCCUGCGUGUUGGUUGUCAUGAGUUAUGGGUAUAGCUGGAGGCUUCGGAAAGCUGAGAAAGAGACGAGUGAAACAGGGUCAACGAAUGGUCGCGAGGCCUCGGGAAAAGUGUGA